GUCAACUUUGCCCAAGGACAAACAAAGAACCAAGCAAGAGCUGUGCUCCAGAGUGCGUGCUUUUCAGUGGCUGUUCCUCUAGUAAGAAAGAAUGUAUUUGUGAUGGAGACUGUGGAUACAGUUGCGUUAAGAAAGGUAUUUCUGCUGAAUUUACUCAGUCGAGUUUAUUGAGCAUAGAGCACAGAGAUUUCAGUUCACGAAAGAGUAUUUUUACUGCACAUGUCUGGCGACCAUGCUCUUAGCAAGUGCCCUAAAGAGAAGUACUCACCCCCUGGAUUAUUAAAUUUCAAUAUGUUUUGCUAAGAACAUGGCGGACUGGAAAAAUCGCUUACGCUGAAAUUAAUAAGAAGUGAAAUCUCUGUAUGAUAUGUAUUAUGUGCCAGUGGCGAGCUAGCCAUGCAUGGCAACUGGUCAUGCAAUACUAAUAAACCUGCAUUUAGUUUGUUUCCCAUAAUUCUAUUGUCAAGUUACAACAAUUCUGGCAAACUGCCGGACUUGUUUAAUUAAAGGGCAUAUGUCUCGAAAAUUGAAGGUGUUAUUUUUUAGUCUACUUUGAAAGAUCAUUGAAAACUGUAGAGUAACUUCUUCGACAGAUUUUUGUUUUCUUGCUUCGUUUUGGAGAUAUUUCAUUUUGUAUGAUAUGCAAAGGACCCAACUUCCGACGUCACAUAAUAAUGCAUAAUGACUUAGCCCUAAAAGCUGUGUAUCUUUAAUACGAUUAAACACAAUCAGCAGAAAACCUACAUGGGUCAAUGUUGUGGACAAAUCUCGUGCCCAUCAUUCAUUUUGAGCGAAUUUAUUUGAUAGUGACAAAAUUAUAUAACAUUUUAAAGUAAGUCAUUAUGCAUGCGUGACGUAGAAAGUUGGUCUUUGCAUAUCAUACCAAAUGAAAUAUCUCCAAAACAAAGUAACAAAACAAAUCUCUGUCAAAGAAGUUACUCUACAGUUUUCAAUGAUCUUUCAAAUUAGACUAAAAAAUAACACCGUCAAUUUUCGAGUCAUAUGCCCUUCAAACUUGAAUAUAUCUAUAUACGUAUAUCUAGAUUUGAAGUGCAGUUCUCCGAAACCCAGAACUCUCACAAAUGGUCGAAGAGUUGUUCAAGGUAGGAAAUUCAACAAAACGGUGACUUUCACGUGUGAUCCAGGAUUCACGCUAUCUGGUUCAAGCGUAAGAAUGUGCCGUGGUCUAGGAACCUGGGACGGAAUGGAACCAAAAUGUGGUGGGUUACUUGAAGUACGAUGUUUUUGUUUGUUACAGCAUGGAUAAAAAAUUGAAGAAACUGGAUGGAUGGUUUCAGCGUGUUAUUUAGUAGAUAGUGUUUCAACCUUGUUGAAAAUUAUAAUAUCACUAUUAAAAUCCAAAAUGAUUCCACGUUUAGCAACAAUACAGUCAUAGAAUAGAGACACACAGAAGAUCGACUUCUUAGUUUUGCCUAUUAUUUUGGCGUAACCGGUGUGAUGCUGACGCCAUGGUCCAAGCCAGUGCGCUUAUGAGAGACAUUCACCCCCCUAAAAAUAUUCAAAAUGGCGGACCUCCAGGGGGUGAAUGCCUCUCAAAAGCGCACUGGCUAGGACCAUGGCGUCAGCAGUUUGAUGACGAAUCAUUGCGAAUUAUGGCGUGGCAGCUGCUAUAUUACUUUUUUGCUAAGUCGACCUUCUGUGUGUCAUUAUUCUGUGGUACAGCUGAAUAUUUUAGUUAGAAAACGCAAGAAUAUCGCAGCCAUGCUACUCUACGCAUAGGCUGCUCAAUAUUAUUGUCAUAAUAAUACACUGAGUAGACUCGAUGCAUGCCCGAGCGCCACGCGCGAGGGUAAAAAUUUCAACACGCACUUUUGGGCAGCUAUGCUCUACGAUGGAAUGUUUAAAUAUUGUCCAAACAUUCUCAGGGAACAUUUCAAACACUAGAGAGUAAAAUACGCGUCACAAAUUUUAAUUUUGAAUACUUUGCCGUGGCACAGACAGGUUUUAAAGCCAAUGAAACCAUUUUGAAGCUCAAUAAAGCUGCAGCACCUGAAUACGAAAACUGUAGAUUCAAAACAAUUUCUGGGAACUAGGUUCCCAGUUCCUAUAAUUUUCCGCAUCUGGGGCUAUCCAUAAUCAAUGAAGUUGGUUUUGAAAUCGUCUCACCGAGUCAGUUUGUAUUAGCGGUUAAUUGUUUUGGGAUAUGGCAAUAUAAAUUAAGUUUGUAUUAUUUGGAAGAACAUUUAAACUCAAUUCCUUUACAAUUAUUCCGUAUCUUGCUUGGUUUUCGAAAUAAAUCGACUUAUUUUGAUCAAAAGUAACGUGCAUUCCGCCAUCUUGGAUAUGCAUUCGAUAUGCAUACGUCACAAGUAAGGUAAAAAGCGAAAUUUUUAUCUUGCAAACCACAUGUCAUUAUCAAUAUGAAACUCGAUUUUCCGAAGUCUAUUAGUACUCAAUUAACUCACAACGUUUUAAGAAACUUUUCGAAGAAAUUUAGUCCAAUAUGAAAAAGUUCUAACAGGUUUACCCUGCUUGUGACGUCAUCAAAAACUCAGUUAAUUCGGGUCAAUUAUAAUACCAAGAUGGCGGAUUGCACACUGUUUUUGGUCAAAACAUUUCGAAAACCAAGCAAGGUACGAAAAAGUUCAUAAUUUAUAUAACUUUAAAAGUUCUUUCAUGUAAGACAAAGUUAAUCUUUAUUGCCAUAUCUCUUUAAUUAAAGACUGCGGAUUUCAUUAACUAAAUAAUGACAUUUGUGAACUGAUUCAUCCGUGUGUGAACAUCAAAAUUUUUCAGGAAAAACUUGUCGUGAUCCUGGGGUUGGUAACAACACCUUACGACGUGAACCAAUUAGAAACGGAAGUGGAUUUAUGACGUCAGAGGUCUUACACUAUCAUUGCAUUGCCGGGUAUCUUAUUGAUGGAAAGGAUAGCAUUACAUGUCAAGUAGAUGGAACGUGGGCUGGCAGUACACCUCAAUGUUACC